GCCUCGUCCUUCAAGUCCCCUCGAGCCGCUCGUUUCGCCGAAGCGACGACAGUCAACUCACCAAUCGAACCACCUCGAUCAUCUUUCAUAGCUGCACCGACAAAUCACUUUCGACCGCAGCCUCAGCCAUCUGAUAUUGGAUUUGGAUAUAUCGAUGACAAGCACACUUCGCACGUAAUAGUCGAGAUGGAAGACACAGAUAACAACCAUCUACCUCGAGGUAGAAGUGAGGCACCUUUGAGCCCACCUCUGAAGAGUGCAAUGAAAACUCCUGGAGUGGCUCCGAGGAACUUUGGCAAUCUCAUGAGUCCUACGUUCCGGGAGGAACAUGUCUUGGAGAAGAGAGAACUCGCUACUGAGAAGGAGCAGGCCAAGGAUAUUAAAAUCAAAACCCGCGUUCGUGCAGCAAAGAUGUUUCUGAGAAGCAUCAACUUCGCAUGCUCUCUCAUCGUCUUGGCCAUGCUUGGAACGACUUUUGCAAUCUUCAAUGCAACGAAACAUCUGUCACCUCGAAGCAAUCUUCCUCCAUGGGCUAUCGGUACGAGUCCAUGGCCUCAAAUUCUUCUUCUAGUCAUCGCCUGUAUUUCCAUGGUCUUUUGCAUUGCCAUCUUCUGGGGCUACUGCCGAGGCGGACACAAGAGAGCAGAGAAGGUCCAGACUUACUACACUGUGUUCGCUGUCGGAUUCUUCGCCUUCAGUGUUGUGAUGUGGGGAAUUGGCGCUGGUGUUCUCAACACUACCAGGACAAACAGCAAUGGACAAGAUCUCUGGGGUUGGUCGUGCAAGGAGAACAAACGCAAAGAGCUCUUUUCUGAUGCUGUCAACUAUGCCCUUGUCUGCCGCUUGCAAAACUGGUCCCUGGUAUGUGCCGUGAUCGAAAUCGUCGUCGAGCUUUGCGCGAUCGGGUGCUACUCGUUCGUCUUCUACCGCAUCUGGUCCAAGAGAAAGCUGCGCAAGUCUAUGGCUGUUCGUGACCGCGCUCGCUCAGAUCUUUACCUUGCUCAACUGCGUUCCCAAUCUGCACCAAACACACCUGGUCUGAACGGUCCUCUGAGUCCAAGAGAUGGUGGUUGGAGACCGCCUGUUGACUACUACAAGGCUGGCCCUUCGGUCGACGCUGGACCAGUUGAAGACGAGGGUGUCAGAUACGUUGAUGCCUCUCGACAGCCUCCUGCGCCUAAGCCAUUCGUACUGCAGCCACCUCCCGCCAAAGGCACGACACCGAAAAUGCAACAGACUGGUUUCAGUCCCAUCAACUACACCUCACCACCAGACUCGAGGUCAGUUUCACCAAUUCAAAUGCAACCCACAGAACAACGGCAAGGACACUUUGCUGCAGCUCCCGGUGAGCAGGUCUAUGAGGCUGUGCCCAUUCCUGAAUCUUACGGUAGCCCCCUGAACUCGCCUACAGUCGCACCAAGA